AGAGUGGAAGGCACACAAUACGCGAUCGUUCGUGAAACACGUUGCUCGUGCGCACAACUAAGUAACAAGUUUAGUUGUCAAAUGUUUGUAAACGGUGUUCAAGCUAUCAGUUCACGUUUGGAAAACCUUAAAUUGGAUUAUCAAAGAACAAUGCAGCCGAUGUCAGAAAGACCGCCUGUAUGCCCCAAGACGCAGCUACCUCAUUUCCAACUGACGCCAUCUGACGCCGGUCAGAAGAAAGAUGGAAGUCCACAGGCGACAGACAACCCCUGGCUAUUGAAGCCUCAGCAUGAAAUACCAGCUACCCCACCGCCACAAACGAAGCAGACGGGCAACUUCUUUCAACAAAGAAUAGGAUAAAUCAUGAUCCCGCCUAUUAGAAAGAUGUUGAAAUAACUUUCUUAUGGCAAUGUGCCAUCUUGUCGGAACAAUGACUUUCGUAUAAAAAUACGUUGAAAGUCAAAUGUGAAACGGCAAGAUUAGUCAAAUACUAGGAAGUCGGUUAACUGUACAGGUUCAAGCAGUUGAUAAUUAUGAUUUAUUUUUAUAUUAAUAAAUAAGGAUUUCAAUAAGUGUUGUAGAUAUAGUAU